AUUUCAACAUUGGGUGAUCAUGGAAGCUUAAGCAAAAAUUGAAAAGAUAGAGCAGAAGAGGGAACGAGCUCACUCCAUUCUUGCAAGAGAAUAUCGAACUAGAUGGGCUUCAUGGCGGGAAGCUCUUGCUUCUUAAAUUCUUCCCUCUAUCAGUUUCCCUUCCCUUCGUCUUCUUCUUCGUUUCAAUCUAAUUCUUGGCCAAGAAAUGCACACGCUAGGAAGAAGUUCAGAGCUCCAAUGGCGUGUUUGCGUCAAGAAAGCCCAAAUGAGAGCGGUUUUUGCAAUAAGAGGACAGUUAUCUUCAUGGGUAUCGCUGUUCUUCCUUUGCUGGGAUUCAGAGCCAGGGCUAUUGAAGGAUUGGCCACAAAAGAAAGUGAUGUGGAGACAGCAGAGGACAACCGAAAAGUAGAGAGGGCACAACAAAGUGACAGACCAUCAAAUCCCUUUGUCUCUUUCCUGAAUGCAUUUGGAAUACUUUCCUCUGGUGUAUUAGGUGCUCUCUAUGCAUUGGCUCAGCAAGAAAGCACCGCUGCUCGCUCAACAAUAGAGUCGAUGAACAGAAAACUAAAGGAUAAGGAAGAGCUGAUUGUAUCCUUGAAAAAAGACUAUGAUUCCAAGUUAGAGAAUGAGCAGCAGGAACGAUCCAAACAACUUGGAAAAGCUAAGGAAGAGCAGCAGGCUUUGAUGAACGAAAUUAAUAUAGCAAACAAUACUGCCGCUCGCUUAGGGAAGGAAUUAAAAAGUGAGAAAAGUUUAGGUGAGGAGCUGAAACUCCAAAUAGAAAACCUUAGAAGUGAGCUUUCAAAAACUGAUGCUGACAAGGAAAGCCUUGAAAAAAGUUUGAAAGAAGAGUUAGGUUCUAUUGCAACCUUACAAGAGAGGAUUAAUCUGCUAAGUUCUGAGCUCAAGGAGAAAGAAGAUGUUGCUCAGAAUCUUAGUUCAUCACUUGCAGAAAAGGAAUUGGAAUUGAGGAAUUUGAAUUCUGCCUAUAAUCAAACCAAGGAUGACGUGUCCAAUCUUCAUUUGCAAAUUCAAGGUGUGAAAGAUGAACUACAGAAACGUCAAGAGGAGCUAGAAGCCAAAGAUUCGUUGGUGAACGAACUCAAUGCUAAAAUAAGUACAUUGACUCUUGAGAGGGAUGCUUCUAGGGAAAAAUAUAGUGUCCUGGAGGAGGAAUACAAUGGCCUAAAGGCGAAUGCCGAAAAGAAGGCUGCUUCAGAUGCUAAGCUUUUAAGGGAAACAGAGGGAGAGCUUCAUCAGUUAAAUGAAAAGCUACAACUUGCGCUUAAUGAAGCAAAGAAAAACCAAGCUAUCAUUGCUGAUUUGACCCAAGAAAGGCAUAGUUUGAAUGAGUCUCUCAAGAAUGAGUCAAAAAUGGUGAAUAAUUUGAAGCAUGAACUCCAAAUCACACAGGAGAAUCUGGGAAAAUCAAGGAAUGAGGCUGCUGAAUUGGAAAAACGUCUAACUGAGUCAAAUACAAUGAACUCUGAGCUGAAGGCUGAGGUCUCUAAGCUUUCAGCUCAGUUCACUGAAGUUAAAGAGUCGCUACAGAAGAGCCUUGAUGAUGCCAAACUUGGUGCAGAAACGCUAGCCGUUGAGCUUACGACAGCAAAGGAACAUCUAAAGAGAACACAGCUUGAGUUGCAAAGUAAGUCCAAUGAACUUAUAACUGCCCUUGAAAGCUGUGAUAGCUUACAGAGGGAGUUGGUCGAUGUCUACAAAAAGGCUGAACUUGCAGCAGAGGAUUUGAAAGAAGAGAGAAAAUUAGUCACUUCUUUAAAAGCUAACAUACAAUCUCUGGAGCAGCUAGUCACCGAAAACAAAGAGGCUCAGAGAUCACUCCAGAAGGACCUAGAGGAUGCGACCAAAUCGCUAGAUGAAUUGAACCGAAAUGCAUUGAUCCUUUCCAGUGAAUAUGAGAAGGCUAAGUCUCUUAUUUCAAGCCUUGAAAAUGAGAAAGAGGUGCUUCAAAAGUCCCUUGCAGAGCAGAAAAUUGCACAAAAAGAAGCCCAAGAGAACACUGAAGAUGCUCAUGUCAUCAUCAUGAGACUUGGGAAGGAGAGAGAGACCUUAGAGAACAGGAGCAAGAAACUUGAGGAGGAAUUGGCUGCGGCCAAGGGUGAGAUAUUGCGGUUAAGGAAUCAAAUGAAUUCUUCAAAAGUUACUGUUAAUAAUGAGCCAGUGCAGAAUAAAAGUGGUGAAAGCAAGGACAAGAUCGCUGUAAAUGCACCAAAGAAUGUGAGGAGAAGAAGGCCUAACCCCCAGUGACAUAGAGCAUCUAAGUAGCUGUAAUAUUUUUUCCUCCAAAUUGAAGAGCAGACUCACAAUGUAAUAUUUUCCCUUGAGAAGCCGGUUAAUGUUGUACUUAAGUCGAUUCUCUUUCGGGUAUGUUACAGUUGAUUCCCUAUAAUAAUCCAAAAUUAAACUUUAUCCCUUUAA